AUGUCCAUGCCCCCGGCUCACCGCCUUUUGUCCCAGCCAAUCACAGAACUGCCCGGUCCUCGCCAAGGAAAGCUUGUCAGUUUCGCGCUGAACUGCCAAGCCCUCGCCAAGGGGCGGAAGGUUGGGUGGAAUCAGCUGGGCGACCAGGCUGGGAGACUUGUCGAAGUCAUCAAUCAUCAUGCUCGGCAACAUGUGAAGAUACGAUCUGUGGUUGGUUUUAUUCGUCGAUGUAUUUUCCUUCUUAAAUCGUCGCGGUUAUCUCAGCAUCAGGACAAAACAGAGAAGAAUUCAGAAAGGAAGAGAAAAGAAAAGAAAAGAAAAGAAAUAAGAACCCUACGACCACAACCAGAAGAACAAAACCAGGUCAUCACUGUCAUCACCGCCCAGUGGUUGGAGUGGACUUUCUUCUGCUUUCCGUCGUUCAAUGUUUCUGUUGGGGGGAAAUACGGCGUUUUGUUGAGGAAAAGAAAAACCAAACUUACCAGUUACUACGAGUUAGUUGAAAGUCGUGUCGCUUGA